CAAGAAGACAUGAUGGAUAACGACGACAAGAACUGCCGCUACGAAGGCUACUUUACCUACCGACCUCUCUCCAACCUUCCCACACCGCCCCCGAGCUCUCGUAACUCGUCGGCAGCUCAGUCUCCGAGGACGACACUUGAUGAUGGGGAGCCAUUGAUGGCCCGGUUCAGAGGCCCCGCCAUCCACCUCGUCAACCUCAUCCCCUCGUCGGCCUCCCUGGCCACCGCCUCUGUGCCUCUGGUACAGGCCAUCCUCAGCCGCGCAAACUUGCCUAUCGAGACGGUUGCUCUUGCGGUGUGCAUUCUCGACAGCCUCGACUCUCGAUUUGCCCGUCGAUGGCGUCUCUCGUGCCCUCUCCUCUCCGACUACUUUUCCUCCGCAUCUAAGCGACACACUCUCCCCGCGGCUCCUAUUGUUCAGCGACAGCAGCUGCACAUCGAUUCGGUCAACCCCGAGCUUAUUAUCCUCGCGGCACUUGUCAUUGCUGUCAAGUUUACUGAGGACCCUCAGGACGCUUCACAGUACUAUUGCAAGGUCUGGGGACAUGGCAUGUGGUCUAACCAGCAGCUCAAUGUUACUGAGCGGUGCAUCAUGGAGAACCUCAACUACCGCAUCAUGCCUCUUUGUGAGGAUGACUGCCUGACGGAUGCCAUGGUGGAUAUGCAGCUGGCUGCGCAGGCACCCGACUGGGAGAUUCACGCCUACAACCACCCCGACAGCGCCUCGAGCGACGACGAUAGCGAAGAGAAUAACUACAUCCCCACCCACACUCGGUCCAAGACACUUAGCUCAGGCAAGGCGACACUGGGCCUAGGCCUCUCCCUCACUCCAGUCGAUACCCCCACCGUGGAG